UUCUGAAGACAGCACUGAAGAUAUUUCGUAAUCAGUAUUAGCUGAGUCGAUAUGCGCGCGCAUUUAGUAUUAUUAAUAUGAUUGAAAAGUAAAUGAAUUUCUUUUAUAUCGUAAAUAAAAUAAAAAUUAAUAUCAUAUAUUUCAUGAAAUUUCAUGAUAUUUGAUUAUAAAUAACAGAUUCUUUGAUUUGCUAGUUUAAAGCUUUGUUUUAGAAAUAUACUUCUUAAAAUGAACGAUCAUAAUACGACUUUAUUGCGCCAUCUACAAACCCCUAAUAAUUGCUAGCAUAGUAGUAGUCAGUGGUAUUUUCUUUAGGGAAAAUUGAAAAUCUUUAUCAAGUAAUAUUUACUAUUAUGCCUUCAAAUAGAUAUUUUAGAUUUGCUUAAUGUAACUCUAAUUAUACCUAAAAAAUAUCAAUUAGUUUAUUUAUUCAAUGAGCCUACGUUCUCCUCAAACUUUCAUCUCUUCAUCUCUUUAAACUUAUAGUAUUUAAAUGUUAACAAUUAAUAUAAGAGAAUUUUAAUUUUAUUAUUUUAUACAUAUUACUAUAAAUUUGUGUACCUAGACAAUUUUAAUUAUUUUAUUUUAUACUCAUUUUUUUGUUUCUGUCAUCUAUUCUCUAAAGUAUUUUAACAUUUAAAAGUAUGUUUUCUUGAAUGUAACAUUUGGAUCAGUGUUCUAUUCAGUUUUGAUCUGUGAUUAAAAGUGGAAAAUCAUGUAAUAUAAAAAAUAAUGUAAUGUAAUGUAAUUAUAAUGCUAAUCUAUAAAUACACAUAUAUAUAAAAAAAUUACAAUCACAAAGAGAUAACUUUAAAUCUAUAUUUUAAGUUGUCUACAUAGAUUAACAGGUUUUAAUUUUAAUACAUAUUUUCAUUAAAUAUAUUCAUUUUGCAAUUUAAUUAUGGCCAUGAAUGUGAUUCUCCAGGUGCUAGUUCUCUCCCAUAUAAAGCAGAUUUAUCUCUGAAUUUAGUUAAUCUUAAAUCUUCUUGGUUGUCUAAGUAACUUCCAAUUAUAAAACCAGUUAUUGGAAGAAUAAGUGGAUAAUAAACGUUUAACAGAUAUUUAAAAGUUAUCAUGUUGAUUAGUUUACUUUUUAAUUAUUCUGUUGCUUCUCCAAUAACUGUUGUUCUUUCCACAAACGAGUACGCUUUAGAUCGUAAUAAAUAGAAGUUGCUGUAAUCGUUGGAAAUGAGACGAUCAAACAAUAUCUAUUGAUAUAAUAGCCAAGCGAUUUGGCAGCACCCAUCAAACUGUAAAAAUAUAAAAUACAUGGUCAGAUUAUUAAAAAUAAAUUAUUAACCUUAAUUAUUCUGAUCAAUGCUUAUAAAUAAUAAUAGAUGAUUAAAUUAUUAUAUUAUACAUUAUUUACUCGUUCUUUUAAAAUAUCAAUAUCAAUAUGCAUUAGUUAAUUUAUAUAUAUUCAUUAUAUCACGAAAUAUUCUACAUAUUAUUUAUAAAAAAUGAAAAAUAUAUAAUUGCGUAACGUAUGAUUAACCUCAACGGAGAAUAUGUGAAUACGUAUAUAAAUAAGAUGCAAACAAUAUUAUCAAUAAAAAAUAACUACUUUAUAGUUAUUAAUACCGUAAUUUAAUGUUAUAAAAUUAUUCUCUUUGAAUUAUUUACUUUCCAUUAAUGUUUGUAAGUAAAUUAGCUCGUACUUCGCAAGGAAUGUGUAUAGACCAGUAUGAAGCAGUAUAGAGCUGACUCUGACAGCGUUAGUCCUAAUAUUACAUUUCAGUUCUAUAUAUUUCUUUUUCAUAUGUAUAUAUUCGAAAGGAGUAUUUGAAAACUUACAUUAAACUUUUUCUAAAUGAUAUUAUGUAUGUAAUAAAAUAAUACUGAUAAUUGUAAUAUUAAAUGAAAAAUAAUAUCGAGAAUUUUUUAUUAAGGUUGAUUUUUUUUUAAUGUUUACCUCGAUAUAUGUUAAUCAAAAUAUUAAUAAAUCCUUUUCUUCGGUUUCGUUUAUCAUAAAUUAUUAUUAUUUUUUUUUUCUCUUUUUCUUUUUUUCACAAAUAAACUUGAUUCAUAAAAGAUUUAUGCUGCAACAAGAAAAUGACGAAAACUUACAAUUCUACUGACUAUUCUCCUAUUCGUUGGAAACAAAUUUUUGAAGUUAUAUUGACCAAUCCUAAUUAAAGAUGUUUUUAGAUAUUUCAGAAUUCACGUUUUUGUUAUACCAAGUUAUUUUCUCAAAAUUUAAAUAAUUUAUUUCUAUAUGUUUGAUUUAUAACAAAUAAUCUAUAUUAAUGUCAAAGUUAUUAGAGAUUAUCAACUUAUAUGAAAAUAUAUAUUUUCGACUGUUAUAACCUUAGACGAAUGAAUAAUAAUUAUUAUCAUUUGAAAUUUGUUAUUAUUUGUAUUAAAUUAUUAAAUAAAUAAUAAUGGCGCAGCAAGCGUAUAUUUCUUGUAUAAAAAUUAAUGGUGUUCCUAUUCUUCCACCAAUGAUAACCGAAGACGUUAGAAAAGAAGUAAAAUAUUAUAAACAUUUAGCAAUUCAAGUAGAAGAAAAAUUAAAAGGUUUAUAUGAUACAAAAUUUAGUGACAAAAGUAAAUCUAUAGAAAAUGAUAUAAGAAUACAGGAUAUUGAUCACACAUUUAAUUUUGAUAAUGAAAAUGUGAUUCCUAAUGCAAUGUCUAAUAUCGAUGUGGAUGAAAUACCUAUGAGAAAUACAUAUGAUGUUAAAACGAAUAAAAAUAUAGAUAUUCAAGAACAAAGUAAUAAUUUCGAAUUGGUACAAGAAAUAUCUUCCAAUGAAAAUAUUGAAACAAAUUUAACAGAAAGGCAUUCAUUUAGUCCAAGAUCAACUGUUUUAAGCACCGAUUCGGCUGAUAGUCUUACUGAUACAACAAAAUCAAAAGUCGAACAAAAUAUCUUAGAUACUUGGAAACCUGAAGUGCCUAAAACUUUAGAUAUUAUCCCUAUUACAUUGGAUAAUUCAAAUAUAUAUCAAAGAGAAGAAUUUUCAAUGAUAACUGAAACAAAUUCUAUUAAAGAAACACCAAAUCUUGUGCGUCAAGGUUCUUACAUUUUGGACACUCCUAGUCCUAUGUUGCUUGCGCACAUACAAACAGAAUUAAAUAAUACCAAUGAUCUUCCUACUGUGGAUUAUAUUCCUACACCUCCAAAAAGUGUUAUACGACGUAAGGAAUGGAAUAUUACACAAACAAAUACUGAAUGGAAAAAUGAAAUUAAAAACAAUGAAUUUAAUGUUAUUGAUACUCAGCAGACAUUAAAAAAUUCAAAGUGUAAAAGAAAGAGUUUAUCUAGCAAAAGUAAUCAUAAUUUAUAUAAGACUGAGAUUGAACAAACAAUAUUGGAACCACAAACUCGCAUGUAUCAAACUACAGGAUCCGUAGAUUGUAUACAAAUGAUGAUUGAGAAAGAAAAUAUCUACAAGCCUGAUAUAAAAAUGAACAAUAAUAAAAAGAAAUAUAGUAUAAGCAACAAUGAUAAAGAAAAUCAUAGGCCACAAGAAUGGAAGGAGAGCAAAAACAUUGCAGUGUUAAAUACAACAAAUAAAUUAGGAGGGUCAUUAGGAAAUUUGCAUGAUAUUGAAGCACAAAUGCACAAAAUUAAUGAGUCACAAAAAUUAAGGACAUAUAAACAUAAUGAGAGUUUUGAUGAAGAAAAUAUAAAUAAUGAUAAAAUAAAUGAAUCAAAAGAAAAAUGUAAUUCUGCCAAUAUAUCUGAAAAAUUAUUGACUAUCUUGAAAGAAAUAGAAGAAGUACAUAAAAGACAAAUGUCUGAAUUAGUAAUUCGACAACAACAAGAGCAAUCUUCAUUACAAAAAGAAUUUGAAAAGCAACAAUUACUUUUAUUGACAGAAAUAAAGAAAUCUUUUCCUGAAAUUUCUCCAGUGAUAGAUGACAAAUCUUUGUCGUCUACUUCUUUGGAUCAAGCUGUAUCAAUAAAUAAUUCUAUUUCUAAAAACACUCCUACAGAUACAAAACAAGAAGAUGAAGAUUUAGAAUCACUGCCUAUUGUUCAAAAAGACAAUUUAUUAUUAUCACCAAAUCAACGUGCAUUAAGUCCAAUAUGUCCACUAAAUUAUAUUUAUUCCAAAAAUCAUUUUAAUGAUGUAAAAAAACAUUUGAAAUGUUAUGAAUUUAUUCAAUCGUCACAAGGCGAAGCCUAUGAGACUUCCGUGCCCAAAUACAAUUGUACAUUGAUUAAAAAUAGAGAAAUACAAGAACAUAUGAAUAAGAAUAAAAUUAGUGAUUAUAAUUUAAGUAUAACAAAUGAGAGUAAAAAAUCUACAAUUAGCCGUCGGUUAUUUCCAUUAGACUGUAAAACUGUACAUGUUCCCAUCAUUGACAGUUCUAUGUAUGCAGAGAAACACAUACAAGCUGCAUCUAUUAUCAAUGCGUAUACACGAGGAUAUUUAGUACGCAGGUUAAUGAAAACAGAUCGCGUGAUUACUUUAAAAAAUACAUACAAAGAAGCAUUGCAAUGUAUGCUUAAACUACAUGUUGAUGCACCUCUUGAUUUAUCAGAACUGCAUUUUUUACGUCGUUUACAAUUACAGUGUGAUGCAGCAUCCAUGAAUAUAGUGGAAUUAUUUACUCAAAGUCCCGCAUACAAAAUGAAAAUAAUAGCGCAUGAUCGUGAAAUUAAACGGUGUCGCACUGAACGUCCAACUUCAGCACGAUCAUACUCAUUUGCUACCCAGAGGACCCUAGCAAGGAAAAAGCUCAAAGAGAUGAGAGAUUACCAAUCGCCAAUUAUCACUCAAUUACACUCAUCUAGAGCUAGAUGUCAGACUUGGACUUCUGAAAUUUCACAGCAUCUUAUCUCACCGAAUACACAUCAAACCAUUAAAAGAAGUACUAGUGCAGGAACAGUUAGAAAACCAUGGAGAUGAAAUAAGAUCACUGUGCCUUUGAAUGUUACUUCUAGAUAUUCUUUGUACAAAUCAUAAUCUUGUAAAUAUUCUUUUGCCUGGGGUGCCUAUAUUUUUAAUAAAUUUAUUUCAUACGACUUCACAUACAUUCAAUAUUUUCAUUUUUAAUGUGUAUUUAAAUGAGAUAACACAUAAGUUGAAUAUUUAUGUUAAAUUUUAUAUUUUAUUUAUUCAAUAAAAAAUUUUUUAACAUUAUAACAUUUAAUAUUAUAAAUAUUACAAAUUUAGUGAGUUAAGUUUAUAUAAAUAAGCUUUAUAAGAUAAAUAAAUAAAUUCGUAGUAUAUUUAUGUACGUAAUCAGAUAUGAUAUACGCACAAGUUCAUCAAAUAUAUUCGCGUUCGAUGCAUAACAAAUAAUCUUAAAAAGAAACAGUGAUUCAUGCAACAAGUUAUGAUUCGAAUCGCAAGAAGAGAGCGUAAUAAGUAUGACACUUUGACCAAUUUUAGUUCGUUAGCGGGUCAACCCGAGUGACCCAAAAAGUCCUCAUGGUUAAGUGAAUUUACUCGUUUAUGUCAGUUCAUAAGAUGAACGAGAAACUCUGAUAAUUUUCUCUUAUCAAUGUAAUAAAAAGAAUAACAAAAAUUGUAUACUCACAUUUUUUUUUUUUUUUUUAGCGUUAUCUUUUCGUCGACGAAAGUCGAUGAAAUAUAAACAUAUAAAAUUUAGUUAUUAUUAUUAUUAUUACUAUUAUUUAUAAUUUUAUCUCGAGAAAAAGAUAAGAGUCCUUUUUAUUAACAAAUAAAACGUUUUAAUACAA